AUGCCGUCCGCAAGGAAGCGGGCCUUGCACGAGGUCGACGACAAUGUUGUCGACACUCCCAAAGAACCCUCGAUGCUCAUGCGCAUCCGGAAUAUGUGGCAGUUUGCAAAUCUUUUCCAGUGGAUCAUGAUAUUCGGCAAGGCGCUCAAAAUCGAUGACAAUCUCGACAUUGAGCGGAACCCAUUCGGCACCGAUGAAACCCCUGCCAAAUUCGCCGACUUCGACAUAUAUACCAAGAUUCGCAUCCUCCAACAGAUGACUCAAUUUGUCAUGAUGCAGCCCGAGAAGAUUCGCGAGAAGAUGGAAGAGCAGAAGGACGUGGAUCAAGCCAGCUGGAGAAUUGAACCUUUCGGCUGGGAUCGCGAAGAUCGGACCUAUUUCGUUUUGGACGACAAUCGCGUCUACCGUUUGACUGAUUCGCCCCCGCCUGCCCCGAAGCCAAAGAAGAACUCUCAAAAAGCGAGGGCCGCGGCAAGGGCGGCCAAGCGAAGACGGAUAGUCGCUGCUUUAGACAGCGAUGCAGAUGACGCCUCUCAAGACGACAAUGUAGACAAUCAGGAGCCGGCGAAGGCUGAAGACGAUGACUUGGGAGGCAAAAAAUGGGAGUGUGUCGCCGUUACUCUAGAUGAGGUGAAGAGCUUCCUAGAGACGAUUCGCAAAACAAAAGAUCCGAACGAAAAGAUAUUGAGAGAUGGACUCGAAGGACAUCUUCUUCCUAUCCUUGAGAAGCAAGAGGAGUCAAGAAAGCGAAAGAUUCUCCAGCGCGAGAAGGAGCUUCUUGCUCUCGAGAAGAUGGCACACGCGAAGAGAUCUAGCCGUAUUGCCAACAAGGCGGAGCACCAAAAAAUGGAAGAGCAUGUCCGGGAAGAAGAACGUAAACGCCGUGAAGAGGCUGAGCUUGCACGCAAGGAAGAAGAGAAGCGGCGCAAGCUCGAAAAGGAGAGAGACAAUCGCAUGAUGUCUCGGGAGAAUCGUUUGAGAGAACGCGAGGCUCGCCGGUUGCUCCACGAAGAGGAACUUGCCCAACUAUCCGAGGACAGCAAGAGCACGGGUACUGGUCGGAUGUCAGAGCGUCGUCUCCAAGCUGAAAUUGAGAAGAACAAACGUGCUCUGCAAGAUUUAGAGGAAGAGGAAGAGGACUGGAUAUUCGACUGCAUAUGCGGGGCGUAUGCAUAG